AUGUCAAGUGUGGACUUGGAGCUGACUCAAUGGGAGGCGGAACCACUUUAUUUGACGACCUCCCCUGCAUUCAUGCCACGAUUUGGGGGCGAAAGGGCCGUGUACGAGUCUCCUUGGUCUAUAACGGCAGCGGUUCAAUGCCAAAAGUUCCCUACGAGGGCCCCGAAACUUAUAGCCAGUCUUUUGAUUCUAGCCCUAGUAAUGACGAUGUACUUCUGCCACCUGAAGAAAAACCAACAGCGCGGCUCACCUACGACUAUCCGCAGGCUUGCAGGUGACGGAAGUACAGACAAGACUUCCGCAAAUAAUAGAUUGGGAGAGGAGCAAUGCCAACGAUUUAACGAUGCGCUAAGGCCAGUAGGGCUAGAUAUCUUGGAUCGCCCUCUUCUUUCCCUUCAGGGGAGCGCCGUUGCGUCAAAUGAGCAGCCACCAAGUGAGCAGGGGAAAGAAACGGCAAACAUCGAUAUGGAAGCUGGUAAAUUGGUGCAGCCGUCAGCAACAGAGAGAAUUGCCGAAUGGUCGAUGGACCCUAUAGGAAACUUGGACUCAUUGAUACAGUUCUCAUCAGGUGCUCCACCGACUUCGCCUUCGUUUCGCAGUAGAAGACUCCCGUACUCAGACGACGAUGCAGAUCUCCCAUCCGAGCGUCAUAAUACAGAAUUUUUAUCUUCCCUGUCAGAAGAAGCUCUACAAAGCUACGCACAAUUGUAUGCGCAGUCUGGAGAAUCUCCAGCAAACAACGGUUACACCGCGAGUCCGGAAGAACCUUGUGCAACCUCAAAUUCAAGACCGCAUCCGGAUCCUGUAGAGAAUUAUACACUUCAGUGGAUACUUGGGGGGUUACGUGCUUCUUUGGACCUACCAGUGCUCUCAGGAGAUGCAGUGAGUACAUAUUUUGAAUCACAGACCAAAGAGCUGUCUACCGCAGGAAGCGGUGGUAGUGGCAUUUCUUCGCCAUGGCCCUCGCCUCAGCAACAUUUGGAUGCUGCAGGCGCUACUGAUACGAACUGCAGAGAAAACUCUGCAAAUGCGCUGGAGUCACCUGGUGAGUGGGACCCACAGGAAACCUCUCCCCAUUUAGAGGUCCAGUCUGAAAACAUGUCGGUAUCUGUUCCUCACACGCCUGUGGAAGACAAUCCUCUUCAAACUUCCCCCUCGGGAGCCACAGAAGAAAAGCGGACACAGGACCUUUUCUCGCCACAGAACUCCAUUCUGCUCACCCUGCUAAGCAACUCCUCGCCAGAGGCAGAAAGAGACGGCAAGGAUUUGCCUAAUUAUGCGAAUCAUCCAUUUUACCAGCUUCCGGUAGUUUCGCCAGGGGUGCAAGUCGAGCCAUUCAACGUGGAAUAUGCUUUUGAAAAAGUAAAGCCAACAUGGGGAUUUUCAGCGAAACUUCGCCCUAUAAGGGUUUUGCUACGCAAGAAAGAACUAUCUCAGAGGGAGACAGAGAUACUUGUACGCCUUGCCGAACAACUUGUGGCCUAUGCUGACAAAUCCUUGAAAGGUGACAUAGUGGUGUUGAAUGCAUCACGCGCCUCUGGAAAACUGGCUCGUCGGUUUCUUGCAGCAGAUGCACUGUGGUCUAUUUGUAGAGUCGUGGGUCCUGCAAUGAGAAUGGAAAGUUGGUGGCGAGAACUAAUGAGGAGGAUGGCAUAUCUCCCAACCUUGCAGGGUCAGAUAAACGCGAUUAAAAAUCCUUUUCGAUGUCCCUUUAUCCGUCGGCUUCUUUCCGCGCUUCAAUUAUAUAGCGUAGGAAGACGACCAACUGCAAAAGAGGUAGUGGAAAUAAAGCAGUGGAUAUUCUGCCCUCCCAACACUGUCACGGAAUUCGCCAGGGGUAUAUGGGACCCGUGGAGGAAAGAUAAUGAACUUUUUUUAAGUCCUCAGUGA